AGGGUACUAAGUGGCUCUUAAAAUGUAUAAAGGCAUUCCAAAAUUAAUGGUUGGCUGCUAGAUUUUGACUCCCACGACCAACCACUGAAGCCAACAUGGCGGAUCACAUGCAGUCUGGGCGCAGAGGUGCCGAAGGAGAUUGGAUUUGUCAAGAUCCCAAGUGUGGGAACUUGAAUUUUUCAUGGCGGAAGAAUUGCAAUCGAUGUGGUGUUGAGAGAGCUGAUUGUGAAGUGAAGAAACGAAAAGCUGGCUUUGAGAUUGGGAAAGCUGCAGCAGAGAAGAGCAAGGGCCUCUUCUCUGCUGAUGAUUGGAUGUGCCCAAAAUGUGGAAACGUCAAUUGGGCAAGGAGGAACACCUGUAAUAUGUGCAAUGCUGCAAAAUUUGGAGAAGAGGAGAGGACAGGAUUUGGUGGUGGAUAUAAUGAGCGAGAAAAUGUUGAAUACAUAGAAAGGGAGGAAUCCGACGAUGAAUAUGAUGAGUUUGGUCGCAAGAAGAAGAAGUUCAGGGCUGCUCCUGGAGACAAGCCUGAGGAGAAGCCAAAGGAGAAAGCUAAACCAAAGGAAAAAGAGGAAAAAGAAAACGAAGAUGAGGAUGACAAAGAUGAUGAGGAUGAGGAAGAUGAAGAAGAUGAUGAUGAUGAUGGAGAUUUGUCCAAAUAUGAUUUGAGUGGCUGGGGUGAUUCUGAUUCAGAGGAUAAGAAAGAUGAACCCUCUACUUCCAAUAAAGCCAGUUCCACAUCCAAGACAUCAAAUGCAAAAUCUCAUGAAGGGACAAAGAAAGAGAGGAGAUCCCGAUCUCGUUCACCGCGGAGAUCCAGGUCAAGGUAAAGGGGGUAAAACGGGGUUUUACAAGGUCGUCAUCGUUCCUCCAUCCUCAUAUAUAUUAGGCCUAUCAUGAUCUGACAAUUUAAGUAAUAGUCAUUCCAUGUCAAGUGGUUUGGGGUAUGCUUGACAAACUUCUUUUGAGCCAGUAUAAUUUCUAUAGUUCCAUUUAUGAAGUUGGGCUUUCAUAAGAUUUCAGAUUUGUUACAUUAAGGAAUUUUCCAAGAGGAAGCUAGUCUGUAAUUAUAUAAGUAUUCAUUAGAUUAUUUUAUAUUGAUGCAAGCCAAGCUAAGCUUUUUGCAUGAUUCAGUCAAGCAUAAAAUUGCUUCAUAUUACACCAACUGUCAUGGAAUUCAAACUAUAAUAAUUUAUUGAUUGAAAGAAUGGAAUAAGUUUUGGGAUUCCCUUCCAUUUCCCAUGCAAUAGGUCACCAGUGAGAGAGUCAACAGGGAAGAAAUGAUGCUGAAUCUUGUGGGGAAUCUUCAACAAUCCAACUGAAGUAUGGGAAUUGAAAUGCAGCAUGGAACACAUCCCUACCUGAUCCUGUUACAUUCUUUCCUUCAUUUGCCUUUUGGGAGAUUAAUCUGUGUAGGAAUAAAUGUCAACCUCCCCAUCUCCA